GCCAGUAACUAUCUUUUUAACCUUGGAACCUCUAUGAUCGACUUUGUUUAAAAUGUUUGUAUGUCUGACUUUUAGAUGGACAUUUUAAUCCCUACAAUAAAUUGCACGGAGGGCAAAAUUUUACAAUUGAUCACCGACAUGUGGGCGAUUUAGGAAAUGUUUGGGUUGAUGGUUCUGGUACUGCUACGAUAAAUAUUAUUGAUUAUAUAAUUCAGUUGUACAAUCAAACACAAUCAAUUGCAAAUCGUACACUUGUUGUUCAUCAAAUGACCGAUGAUAAUGGACUAGGAAAUAGUACAGAUAGUAAUACAACAGGGCAUGCAGUUCAUGCCUAUGCUGGUUUAACACCACGUUAUGUAAAUUUGAUUGAACGAUAUUUAAUUGACAAUUCAAAUAACAUUGUUCGAGCAUAUUUUCAGAAGAACACUAUAAAUUAA